AUGCCAUCCCAAUUAAAGCGACUACGGGAGUCGCUCAAGAAUGCGGGUGUCAUCGGGCAGCCCCAGAAGUCGAAGAAGGCGAAAAAACGUGCGCGACAGAAUAAGAGCGGUAACGAUGCCCGACUUUCGAGAGAAGCGGCGCUCGAGAGUAUUCGAGAGGAGUUCAAUCCGUUUGAAAUCAAGAAAACGAAAGAGAAAUUCAGCGUCGCCGGUGGGAGGAAAGUUAAAGGAACUGUCGGGAAACCGUCAGUUAGCAAGCAAAUUGGAGAGGAGAACCGUCGCAAAACAUUGCUAGUAGAAAUGCAACAGAGGAAUAAAGUCGGUGGUAUCAUAGAUCGAAGAUUCGGCGAGAAUGACCCGACAAUCAAUCCCGAAGACAAAAUGCUGGAGCGGUUUACGAGGGAGCAGCAAAAGAAGUCGUAUAAAAGCGAUAUAUUCAACCUCGAAGAUGACGACGAAGUUCUUACACACUACGGCCAAUCGUUGGGAUCCCUACCGAACGAUGAUUUCCGGGAAGAUAUGGAUGGAAGCGACGACGACCUUUUGCGGCCUGCAAAGAGAACACACCCAUUGGAUGGCGAACUUCAAUCGGAUGAAGAUGACAACGGUGGUCCGCCUAAGAAAAAGUCGAAGGCCGAAGUCAUGAAGGAGGUCAUCAUGAAAUCAAAGUACCACAAAUACGAAAGGCAAAAGGAGAAGGAAGCAGAUGAAGACUUGAGAGACGAGCUUGACGCUGAGCUGGGCGAUAUCAGGGCGCUUCUAGCCGGAAUACCUGUGCGACCACCACCUGGUAAACCAGCGGUUACAGAUGCUGGGGCGGAUGGGUCACUUCAUGCGGACAGGGCCGCACAGAUCAACAGCGGAUUGAAUGUAGAUUCUAAAUACGAUGCUUUAGUGCGGGAGAUGACAUACGACAAACGCUCGAAACCCGCGGAUAGGACAAAGUCAGCUGAAGAGCUAGCCGAAGGCAGGGCGAAGCAACUGCAAAAACUAGAAAGGAGUAGACAAAAGCGUAUGCAGGGAGAAGAGGGCAGUGAUGAGGAACCAGAGGAAGAAGAGGAAGUUCUUAGCGAUGACGAGUUUAAAUUAGGGAAGGGAAUUAGGCUCGCCGCUGAUGAAAAAGAGUUUGUCCACGGGGACUCCGGUAGUGAGGAUGAAAGCUCAGAAUCCGAGGAAGAAAGCGACGAGGAAGUAGAGAAAGAGGAAGAAGACAUUGAAGCCACCGGUUCUCGCCCCUCGAGGCGUCGUGACCUAGAUAACGACGACGCUUAUUCAGAUGACUAUCAAUCUGACGAGGACCCGGACGCACUUGCUAGCGACGAAGAGGCAUCGGAGUCUGAAGAUGAAGCAGAAGAAGAUGGAUUGAUGGAAUCCGAAGAUGAAUCGCCAGCCGCGAAACCAACUGACGACGGGAAAGCAGUUGUAAAUGGGGAUUCAUCUCUUCCUUUUACAUUCCCAUGCCCUCAAACACACCAGGAGUUUCUCAAGGCCACAUCCAAAUACAAAGUUGAAGAUUUACCCACAAUUGUGAAGCGUAUCCGUGUUUUACAUCAUCCAUCACUUGCAGCCGGUAACAAGGAGAAGCUUUCGUAUUUUAUGGUAGUGGUUUUUGACCAUAUUAUAUAUCUUGCCGAUUCGCCCUCCUUCCCACCCAUGGAUAUCCUAGAUAUCCUACUUCGGCAUCUCCACAGUCUGUCAAAAGAAUUUCCACAGGCAUCUGCUGCGAAAUUUAGGGAUUUUCUUCAGAAAUUCUUCGACAGAAUUGGCCUGCAAAAGAAGACGAAGCGCUCAGAUCUUAUCAUCCUUACUGCGCUUAGUAUUAUAUACCCGACAUCUGAUCACUUCCACAUCGUUGUAACGCCGGCUAUGCUAGUGAUAGCAAGGUGGUUAGGCUCUAAUGCUCCAACUGAUAUCGAGAAGUUGGUCCAUGGAUGCUAUAUGGUCACGCUGUGUCUCCAGUAUCAACGGCUUUCCAAACGGGUGAUACCAGAGGCACUCAACUUUGUGUACCAAUCACUACUGGUACUUUCGCCUACAUCACCUACUAAAGUUUCAGGAGGCUUCCCGGUUCAUGGGAUUGAGAAUAUCUCCAAACUUAGGAUUUCGAGUUCAUCGAAAGAUAAAUUCGAGCUGGGAAAACUUAAAUUCAAGGAGGCACUAUACCCAGGCUCAGUAUCUAAUACUGCUGCCCUACAAAUCACACUCGCCUACGCAUUCACACAACAGCUUCUUGCACUUGCCAGGUUAUACUCUUCGAAGGCAGCCUUGCUAGAACUUACGGAGCCCGCGGUUUCUAUAUUAUCUCAUUUUACCUCUUCAGCAUGUAUAAAAUCCCUUCCAAAGACCUUCACAACUUAUGUCAAGGAAACGGCUUUCCCAGAGCUCGAGCGCAUAAGGUCACACUCACAAAAGUUCCGCCGUCCGCUUGAGCUCCACCAUCAUCGGCCCCUCCCAAUACCAUCUAACUAUCCUAAAUUCGACGAAGAUUACUCUUUGGAUAGGCAUAAGGGCUCAUAUGACGCUGAUCGUGACCGUAAGGAGCUAAGCAAGCUCAAGGCGGAACAUAAGAAGGAGAGGAAGGGCGCAAUAAGAGAGUUGAGAAAGGACUCGCAGUUCAUUGCAAGAGAGAAAUUGAAGGAGAGAAAGGUUGCAGACCAGGAAUAUCAUGAUAAGAUGAAGAGAAUCGUAAAUAUGAUUCAGAAUGAGGAGGGUGCUGCAACGAAUGCAUAUGAAAGAGAGAGGUCAGGGAGGAAGAAGUCAAAAAAGUAA